CCCAUCAUUUUGGUUUUUUAAUACCUGAGGCUUAUAAUUCAGUCUACAGAAGAACCUAUACGGACUUGUCUUGUCUCGCUCCAAUGGAUGAUUAUAGCAAUAUUAACAAUAGAUAUCAAGAAGAGACAAUUAACCCAGUUAAAUUAAGUGAACAGGAUCAGGCUACACUUGAUAAACAAAAUUCAAGAAUAGUUUCAUUAUUCAAAGCACAAGAAAUUGAAAAAAAUUCUAAAAAGCAUUGGGAUAUUUUUUAUAAAAAUAAUGGCAAUCGUUUCUUUAAAGAUAGACACUGGACAACUAGAGAAUUUUCUGAAUUACUUGGAGAUGACCAGCAGAAAAAAAUAUUAGAAAUUGGAUGUGGUGUUGGUAAUUUAAUAUAUCCACUUCUUGCUGAAGGACUGAAUGCAAUGUUUUAUGCAUGUGAUUUUUCACCAAGAGCUAUAGAAUGUUUAAAAUCAAACCCUUCUUACAAUCCAUUAGUAAUUAAUGCAUUUACUUGUGAUAUUAUUACGGACGAAUUGAUUACUAAAAUACCUGAAAAUAGUUUGGAUAUGGUAACUGCUAUAUUUGUGUUGUCAGCUAUUCAUCCAGACAAUCAUCAAUUGGUAGUCUCGAACAUUUAUAAACUAUUAAAAUGUGGAGGUCUUUUGUUGUUUCGAGACUAUGGAAUUUAUGAUAUGGCACAAUUGAGAUUCAAACCAGGACACAAGAUUUCAGAUAAUUUUUAUAUGCGUCAAGAUGGUACAAGAUCAUAUUUUUUCUCAAUUGAAUAUUUUCAAAGUCUUAUGGAAAACAAUGGAUUCACAAAAUGUUCUAACAAGUAUGUAUGUAAAAGAACAGUAAAUGUCAAAGAAGAAGUUGAUGUGCCAAGAAGAUUUAUUCAAGCAACAUUCUCUAAAAAACCAACCAAAUUCUAAAAUAUUCAUUCUAUAAAAAUGUUAAGCUUUAAAUUACUAGUUUCCAUUAUAAUUAGCUUAUAAAAAUGUAUGGAUUAUAUUAAAACCAUGAAAAGUA